CAAGUUAACCGGUUACUCUAGCCGAUAUGGCAAUUCACAUAUUUACUUUUCAAUUUCUUUUUCUUUCUUGUGUUCUUUCUCUAUACCUUUUAUCUUCCACUUAAUUACCUGUCCUGUUUUCUUUCUUCUUUCUUUGCUCAACCCAAACGGAGACUUCCACUAGGUUAACGAUUUUGUUCUCAUGGCAUGAGUUUCAAUGACAAGUUUCACAUAGGCGGCAGGAGGUGGAGUCUGAAUCAGGGUUGACCUGGUUCACCUUCAAUCCUUCAUAUCCACCAGAUUUGAGGCGCUCUUUCGUGGUCAUUGCUGGAGAGCCUCAAGAUAACUUUCAGUUCCCUGCAUUUUUUCGAUACCGGUUUGUCAAUGUGGGGCUUCUGCUGCAUAUCAGGUAGAAGGUCCGCCGGAGUAGCAGGUGGCUGGGAAAGAGGGGCUCUUUCCUCUCCUAUUUCUCGGUUUCCGGCGGCUUAUCUUCUUCCUUCUUCUCUGGCUCGUGAUUUCCUCGCUUCUAAUUGCAUUUCAUCUGGCUCUUUCUUUCCCUCAUUUGCAACUAAGAAGACAGAAAAGAAUUUGGUCGAAGAAGAGAGAAGCGGUGGAGGAAAAAAAAAAGAGGAAGAAAAAAGGAGGGUUAGAAAAGAAAUGGUGGAAGAGGAUGAAGAAAAUGCCACGUCGACUACCUCGUCUGGAGAGUUACCAGUUCGAGUGUUUAAUUGGUUUUUAUAGUACAAAAACAUCUUCUCACUUUCCUUUUCCUCCGUAAUAAAAAAAUCUUCCCAUUUUUAAUUUUUCUCAUCACAUCCUCAAUAAUUUUGAAAAUAAUACUCUAUUACUACUAUUUUUUUUGGAUUUAUCCUAUAUUCUAUCACAUUAUUUCACUAUUUUCCCAUCAUAUUCUCAAUUAAUUCAUAUCUUUUUCACUAGUCUUAAUCUACCUACUUUUGAAAUGGGAAAGUUUUUAAAUUAAGGAGGAAGUAAUACAGAGUAUAAGAAUUUAUUUGACAGUUUCUCUAAAAAAUAUUAGGAUAAGUUGACGGGCAAAGCACAUAAAUUUUCAAUAUAUUCCGCAUAAAAUUGUUAUGCAUUAUUUAUCACAUCCUUAUUUGAGCUUGCCGUUUGAUUUGCACGUACUUAUUGGCGGAGUAAUUGCCUCUCCCUCAAGCUGAGUCAAGCCUGGCAUUAAUCCUCAAGCAGUCAUCAGAAAACAGAUUGCAGACAAAAAUGCAGAAUUUUCCGAACCGGAGCCGGCCCCCAAAACUGGAAACCCAAACCGCCCCUAAUCCAGUAUCUAAAACGGGCACUUCUAUUUACCCGGUCUCAUACCCGUUUUUGUUGAUCAGCGGUUCGUGAGAGAAGAAGGCACCGGCGGCCAUGUCGGACGGUGAGGAGUGUGGGGAGAAGAGAGAUGCAGGGGCACCGCAGGUCACCUCGCAGCAAGCCGGCAGCAUUCGCAAGAAUGACUUUCUAGUCAUUAAAGGCCGUCCUUGCAAGGUUACUGAGAUCACCAUUACAAAAACUGGCAAGGACGGGGCUGAACGGUUUCACUUUAUUGGAAUUGAUAUUUUUAUUGGGAAGAAGCUUGAAGAUCUUGUUCCUUCAUCUCAUAAUUGUGAUGUGCCUCAUGUUAGUCGUGGUGAAUAUAAGUUGAUUGGCAUGGAUGAUGGUUUUGCCUCUCAGCUCUUCUAACCGAAAGUGGAGAGACUAAAGAUGACGUGAAACUCCCGGAUGGCGAUUUGCUAUCUACGAGCUAGAAGAAAGCAAAACUUGAACAAGCAAAUGCAGUCUACAGGAGCAGAAGUUUGUUAUUGCAUUAAUUAUGAUGGUUCCUGACUUCCUGUUUGCUAGAACUGGCUGAGGAGAUUGCAGUAACUGCAUUGAAGAGAGCCCUUGAAGCCUUUACACCCAUCUUGCAUCCAACACUUGGUUAGUUGGACAUCCUGUUAGGCUGUAACACUAGCUGACAUUGUUAUGACCUGCAACCUUAGUGUUGGAUUUAAGCUGAUCAUGACAAAGUCAUUUACUUAGGACUUUCCUCAUAUUGAGAGAUAUUUCUGGACUAUGGUUAAGCAGCCAAUUUUUUGUGAAAUAUGGGUGAGAUUAAACAAGCGGAAUCUGUCCCACCUCCACCAUCAAAGAAGCCCGCUGCACAGCCCAAGUAGUAUGCAAAACCAAAAGAGGAACCAGAUAAAGAAGCAAAACCUAAGGAAGAAGCAAAAUGUGGUCUAUCAAUUGCAAGUGGAGAUCAUCAAUUGUGGGUUGGUUUGAUGUUGCUUUUUGGGAUUCAACAUAGGAGAAACAGUGCAUAGUUAAAAUUAUACUACAUACUUUGGAAUAGUAUCAGUGUUUUAAAUGCUUUAUCAAGUAUUAUUAGUAUUUGGUUUAUCAUAAUGAAUAGCUACCUUUUAUUUCAACUGUAUAUAUAACUAUAUGUUAAUUCUUAUAGAGAUGUAUUGAUGUUUAUCCAUUUUUCUGGCAUUGACG